AUGACCGUCAAGGAGGCUGUCAAGGAGUCCCUGCUGGGCCAUUCCGAGGAGCCCCAGCUGUCGCAACAGGUGAAGAGUCAUUUCUUCCACUAUGCCGGGAAAGACGAAUCCACGGGCGAUUACUUUAUGACAGAGGAUGACUUCAUCAACGCGGUUGCUCCCAAGCAUGAGGAUUAUAACAAGAUCAAGCGCGAACACUAUGGCAUCCUCUUUAAAGUUGCCGAUACGCGGAGAGCCGGCAAGCUCAGCCUGAGUGACUGGGCUACCUUUGAGAACCUCCUGUCCAAGCCCGACGCCGAAUACGAGAUCGCUUUCCGACUCUUCGAUCUGGAUGGCACAGGCACGGUGAAGUGGGACACGUUCAAGAACCUGUACAACAUGAACAAGAGCAGUGACAAUAUCCCCUUCGAUUGGAACUCGGAAUGGGCAUCCCUGUACUCUGGCCGGAGCAAGUCCCGCCACGACAUGACCUACCCUCAAUUCUCUCAGAUGCUGCGUGGUUUGCAGGGUGAGCGCAUCCGCCAAGCUUUCCACAUCUUCGACAAGGACGGUGAUGGUUACAUCGAACCCGAAGAGUUCCAGCGCAUUAUCCUGGAGACCUCCAAGCACAAGCUGUCCGAUUACGUUCUCGAGAACCUUCCUAGCUUGUGCAACAUCUCAACCGGCACCAAGAUCUCGUACGCCACUGUUCGCGCGUUCCAGAACGUCAUGCGGGAAAUGGACAUGAUCGACGUUAUCGUCCGCGAGGCAACGCAGAAGAGUUCUGACGGCAAGAUCACCCGUGCUGAUUUCCUCAACGAGGCUGCUCGCGUGACCCGAUUCUCCCUUUUCACUCCCAUGGAGGCAGACAUUCUGUUCCACUUCGCUGGCCUCGAGGCGCCUUCUGGCAGACUGUCGCAGAAGGAUUUCGGCAAGGUCAUUGACGCCUCAUGGCGCAUGCCGCUGGCACUGGCUGGCCAGGCCGUCUCGACCGCAUCCACUACCGCGCACGUUGCUGCUGAGAAGACCAAGUCGGUGUUGCACAGCGUCCUGGAGUCCGUUCACCACUUUGCGCUCGGCAGUUUGGCUGGCGCCUUUGGAGCGUUCAUGGUCUACCCCAUCGAUCUGGUCAAGACACGGAUGCAGAACCAGCGGUCGACGCGCGUUGGGGAGCGGCUGUACAACAACUCGCUUGACUGCUUCAGAAAGGUCAUCCGAAACGAGGGUUUCCUGGGUCUCUACUCUGGCGUUGGGCCUCAGCUGAUCGGCGUGGCGCCCGAGAAGGCCAUCAAGCUGACGGUGAAUGACCUUGUCCGUGGCCAUUUCACCAACAAGGAAACCGGCAAGAUCUGGUAUCCCUAUGAGAUCUUUGCUGGUGGUGCUGCUGGUGGUUGUCAAGUCAUCUUCACAAAUCCCCUCGAGAUUGUCAAGAUUCGCCUGCAGGUUCAGGGUGAAAUUGCCAAGACUGUGGAGGGCACCCCUCGUCGCUCGGCCAUGUGGAUUGUGAAGAACCUGGGAUUGAUGGGCUUGUAUAAGGGAGCCAGCGCCUGCCUGCUUCGUGACGUCCCCUUCUCCGCCAUCUACUUCCCCACCUAUGCUCAUCUCAAGACCGACCUCUUCGGCGAGACCCCCACCCAAAAACUCGGCAUUGUACAGCUGCUCACUGCCGGUGCCAUCGCCGGUAUGCCUGCGGCCUACCUCACAACACCCUGUGAUGUGAUCAAGACCCGUCUGCAAGUGGAGGCCCGCAAGGGCGACGUCAAAUACACCGGCUUGCGCCAUUGUGCGGCAACCAUCUACAGGGAUGAAGGUUUCCGGGCGUUCUUCAAGGGCGGCCCUGCUCGUAUCGUCCGUUCCUCGCCGCAAUUCGGUUUCACCCUGGCUGCCUACGAGCUUCUGCAGACCUGGCUCCCCAUGCCCGGCACCCACGCCGAUGUCUCGCCGACAGGACAGGUGGAACCCGGCGUCGGGUUGCAGAGCGCCAAGGAGCCCCUGCCCUACUUACGAUCCAGAAACGCUCUCAAACUCAUCCUUGACCUGGACGAGAACAUCGGCCGCGUGUAUAUUCCCCAAGCCGACAAGUGGCCCAAGUUCCUCCAGCCCUCGAAGCAAUGA